AUGGAGGAACCUCCUCCACGAUUCUUCAGCGACAUUUUCCCAGAGAACCACGCCGAUCUAUCAUGGGUUCCCGACAUGAUGGAUCUCAAUUCGUCCUACAGGCUUGUUGUUCGAGUAGGCGCUUAUGUCAAAUUAACUGAUGAUGAUGGUUGCGAAUAUUGCAAGGCAUGUAACAUUCCAAAGAUUUUAGACAGGGAUAGCACAAACUGGAAUGAUUUGCUUCUUGAAUUUGCUACAUAA